AUGAGCGCACCCGGAAAACAUAACCUCACCGGUUACGAGUGUGCUCUGUGCGAAGAACCCCCCAACGAGGAAAACCAGAUGGUAUUCUGCGAGAAAUGCCAGGGCUUCUUCCAUCUCCAAUGCGCCGGGGUCACCGAAGCCGACAAGGACCUGUCCUUCACUUGCAAGAAGUGCACUAGCCUGGGUGAUACGGUUGACCAAACCGGCGACGAAAAUGAAGGAGAAACCGUCGUGGACGGCUCCAAGAAAGACAAAACCCUGCCAGGCAAGCCCAACCCAUCCGUCAUCAAUAAGCUAGAUGGGUCAACAGAGCAGGAGGACGCGGAGCUGCAGCAUCGGCUCGAAAUGCAGCAACUCCAGGAAGCUUUUCAAAAUCAACUCCGUCGAGAACAGGAGAAACGAUUGAUGAUUCUUCAUCUGGAGCGGCAGAUGCUGGAGCAAAAGGCGGCGCUGGAUGCCGAGUUGAACCAGCGGAAAAAUGAACUCUACGAGGAAUUCCGACACGUAGUUAACGGAUCGCAACAAGAUGACGGUGCUACCGCCGGUGCCGAAUCCAUUCCCGUGGCCAGCACCGGCUCCGAAUCCAGCACCGGCCCCGAACCCAGCGCCGGCUCAGAAUCCAGCGCCGGCCCCGAAUCCAGCGCCGGCCCCGAACCCAGCACCGGCUCCGAAUCCAGCGCCGGCCCCGAAUCCAGCACCGGCCCCGAACCCAACACCGGCUCCGAAUCCAGCGCCGGCCCCGAAUCCAGCACCGGCCCCGAACCCAGCACCGGCUCCAAAUCCAGCGCCGGCCCCGAACCCAGCGCCGGCCCCGAAUCCAGCGCCGGCUCCGAACCCAGCGCCGGCCCCGAACCCAGCGCCGGCUCCGAAUCCAGCGCCGGCCCCGAACCCAGCGCCGGCUCCAAACCCAGCGCCGGCCCCGAAUCCAGCGCCGGCACCAAACCCAGCGCCGGCCCCGAAUCCAGCGCCGGCUCCAAACCCAGCGCCGGCCCCGAACCCAGCGCCGGCUCCGAAUCCAGCGCCGGCCCCGAAUCCGCCCGAUCGCGUCCCGCCGAUACCGGAAGGCAUCCAAAAUUUACAUGGUGA